CCGGUAAAAGCAAAGCCGCUCCUGAAGCUGCAGAGGAAGAGAAGUGAGAUCGAUAUGUGAGCCAGUGUCUGCGGAAAGCUGUCAGCACCUUGGGGCCUUUCGACCGAAAGCCUGCGCUUCCUCCUCUGCCCAUUCUUCUCCUCCUCGGGAGCUGCGAGUCAGCAGGAGCGCUCACAUUGUCUCUGAUUUGCCGGGACACUUGAGAAAGGUCUGCGGAGUCUCCUCUCGGCAUGGACAGACAACUGGCCUGACUAAUAAUCGGAUUUUCCCUCUGCAUAUUCUUCUUUCUGAAUGAUGGAGAGUUGACGGCUUCUGAAGAACCUGACUAACAGCAGUGUGAGAGGAUAAAGAGGAUAAAGCUCUCUCUACAGAGGCAGGGCUUCUUAUUUUCUGUCUUAAAGUCAUUCUACCUACUGCAGGAUCAGUUGACGGGGAACAAGUGUCAUGGCUGCAUAUGGACAGACUCAGUACAGCCCCGCCCUCCAGCCUGCAGGACCAUACGCACCUUACACUCAUCACUCACAGGGCUACAGCAUGCCAUCUUACAACAUUAAAACCGAGGAUGGCCUGAGUCACUCUCCUGGACAGACAGGGCUACUAGGCUACUCAAACUUCAGCAGCACUCCUCCCAGUCAAAGCCUCUACAGCUACUCACACACACAUGGUGGUGGUAUUUCAUCUGGGAUUUUUCAAGGCACCCAUGCGAUCUCCAGUUCAGCCCCAUUCAACCCAACCCAACAAGAGUUUUCUGCAUACUCAAGCUACAGCCAGAGUCAGUAUCCUCCAUAUUAUAACUCCCACCACUACAACAGCCCCUACCUAACCAGCAGCAACAUCAGCCCCGCUGCCAUCACAGCUCCGUUAGCCUAUCAGCAUCCAGAACACCCGGUCAUGCUGCCCACUCACAGCCCAGAGUCACACUCAGGAGAGUAUCACCCGCCACCAAGCCCCCCGACACCAGGUAAAGAAGAGGGGGUCUCAGCACGAAGGGGGUCAGAUGGGAAGUUGAGAGGGAGGAAAAGAGUCAGUGACCCCGCUCCACCUCUGGACUCUGAUAUAGAGCGAGUGUUUAUCUGGGAUCUGGAUGAAACCAUCAUCAUUUUCCAUUCACUCCUCACGGGAACCUUCUCCUCACGAUUUGGCAAGGACUCCUCAAAGGCAGCAUCUCUUGGCUUGUGGAUGGAGGAGAUGAUCUUCAAUCUGGCUGACUCGAGACUCUUCUUCAAUGAUUUGGAGGAAUGUGACCAGGUUCACAUUGAUGACGUGGCAUCAGACGACAACGGACAGGACCUGAGCACUUACAACUUUGGAUCAGACGGCUUCCAGAGCCCAGCAGGGCCUGGCUCUCUGUGCCUUGGGUCAGGGGUCCAUGGGGGGGUGGACUGGAUGAGGAAACUUGCUUUUCGAUACCGCAGAGUCAAAGAGAUCUACAACACAUACAAGAAUAAUGUCGGGGGUUUGCUGGGCAGCCCCAAGCGAGAGGAGUGGUUACAGCUGAGGAGAGAGAUGGAGGUCCUGACUGACCUGUGGCUGACUCAAGCGCUCAAAGCCCUGGCGCUCAUCAACUCCAGGCCUAACUGUGUGAAUGUGUUGGUGACCACCACGCAGCUCAUCCCAGCCCUCUCCAAGGUGUUACUGUAUGGCCUGGGCUCAGCUUUCCCCAUAGAGAACAUAUACAGUGCCACCAAGACAGGCAAAGAGAGCUGUUUUGAACGUGUCUCUCAGCGGUUUGGUCGGAGAGCAGUGUAUGUGGUGAUAGGAGAUGGAGCUGAAGAAGAGACUGUGGCCAAAAAGAAGAACAUGCCAUUCUGGAGGGUGUCUUGUCGGGCAGACCUGGAGGCUCUGAGCCAUGCACUGGAGCUGGAUUACCUCUAGAGGGCGCCAGCUGCUGCUCUCUGUUCUUCCAUCUGAAAUAUCAGAAGCUCUAUGGCUCUCGAGUGCAGCUAGCGGGUGACGGUGUCCCUAGAGACUGAUUCAGAGUCAGUAUCGCUAUUUCGAGAGAGCAUUCAGACAAACCAUUUCACAUUAAAGCCAAAGGAACUGUAAGGAUUUUGAAGUGAGGCUGCAGUAUGUCUGUGACACAUAACCGUGAAGCCCAAAGUGCUGGACCAAAGUAAAAUAAGAGACCAAAGCUCCAUAAAUACCCCUAGGGAACUAUGGUUAAUACUGCAUAUACUUAAAAAACACUUUUCCUUUUUUUAAACUUUGUUCAUCUCAGCUAUAUGAAUGGUGUCCCUCUUGUGUACACAAAAAAAAGUGUUGCACUGAAUACAAAAUCUUACAUCUUGUUUAAUGACCGAAGCGAGUAUGUCUGCAUGAAUGAAGAGUUAGAUUUUUUGUUUGUUUGUUUGUUCUACUGUGUGUUUUUAUGUUUGUUCUGAGACUUACUAAAUUUUCUCUUAGCAAUACUAUUUUAAAGAAAAGAUUAGAAGCAGGGCUAUAAGUUGUGAUGUUACCUGGGAUAGAUUUUGCCUUCACUAUUAUUUUGGAUUUGUUUUUGGCCAGACAAAUGUCAAAUAACAUUCUUGUCAUAGUUAGAGACUAUUAAAAAUAGUCUGUAUUUUAAGCUAUUUAUUAUUGGUUUGGUUUUACAACACAAUGAAAUACAGAGCUCAGCAUAAAAAUCCCCUUCAGAGACCAUAAAUCUUGAUCUGAAGUUGUCUUGAAGAUGCUGUAUUAUAGGCUCAAAUCUUUACUUUUGAUUCUGGGUUGUAUAUAUUAUUAUGUUUUAAUUCACUUUUUCUGUCCUUGACUAAUUUCCUAAUAACCUGUUUGUAAUAUAGAUGAUCUGGUAUGAUUGUGCAUGUGCCGAUUACACUGCCUGUCAGCUUAGCUAUGAUUUGUAUAUAAUGCUUUAUUGUCGAUUUGUUUUGACAGACAGUUAAAAUAGAUGAAUAAAGAUAAAUUAAUUGCA